UCUUUUACUCGCAAUGGUCUAUGAUCAAGAAUCUUCAACUUCACUAGUCUGUUGUAUUUUUACAGAUAAUCUCAUUUACUCCCUUGUUCUGCAUCUCAUGCCACAAUCAUGCCUGCCCAAGAUGCAUUUUACACACUUCCUGAUUCUCUCCUUUCUUUCAUACUAUCAAAAAUCCCAAUAAAAGACGCUGUCAAAUCUUCUAUUCUUUCCAGGAGGUGGAGGUUUCUCUACACCCAGAUGCCUGAACUCACUUUUUCUCCAAAUCUUGUUUUAGGGCUUUCUUGCAGUUCCCUCGAUCAGCUCCUCAUUUCAAGCGUUGAGAACAUUAUUUCCAACAUCUUGCUUCUUCACUCAGGCAAUCUGGAGGCCUUUCACCUCCACAGCACCUGGUUAGAUCAUACCCAACAGCGGCACUUCUCUCGUCAAAAUGUGUGUAAAUGGGUAAGGUAUGCUUCUUGGUGUAAUGUCCAACACCUCACUCUAUUUGAUCACAACUUGACUUUUGCAGCUGAGCUACACAGUGCAUUAAAAGAAAUCCCACCCGCUGCUCUCUUUUCAUGUUCAUGUUUGGUAACCCUGCAUCUGGGCAGGUACGAUCUCACCAGUUUUCCAAUCAAUUUCGUUGGAUUCCCCCACCUCAUUACUUGUCAUCUCCGAAAUGUUCAAUUGACAGAUGAAUCUUUAGUCUCCUUGAUUUCACGCUGUCCCCUUCUGCAAAAACUUGAAAUAAUAGGAUAUGCUGGACUAGGUAAUGUCAAAAUCUUUUCAUCUACCAUUGAACAUUUGAGUAUAGAAAACGUAAAGUCUCUAUCUGUGAAUUGCCCCAAACUCAAAAUUCUGAAAGGGUACAUGAUUGAGGAUUCGAGUGUGAAUGGUGUAAGGUUUUAUGAGCUUUCGUAUGCCGUCUGUUAUCUUGAAAUGCAUUGUGGGGGUACUCUGAGGAUGUUGAACAUGGAUUUCUCACUAGGAUACAGUCCAGGAGUUGUUUCAGCAAGUAGAUUUCUUCACAUCAUGGGCAACUUCCGGACCUUGAAGGGACUUGCCAUAUACCUGGGCCGUCCCUUUGAAAGGGGAGCAGAGAUGGAUGUUCCUCUACUGAACCUGCUUCACAUGCUUCCAAAUCUUCAGUGGUUACGGAUAGGGGGCUCCUUUGUACAGGAGUUAGCAAGGGAUCCUAUACCUGUUUGUCUCACCUCUCCACAUGUUGACCUUAAGAGAAUACAAGUAGAAGUACUUGAGUUUGACGACAAAGAGAUCGCAAUAAUAAGUUGCUUGCUCCAGAGUAUGCCUUUUCUUGAAAGAAUGGAAAUUCAGCUACCUGAUGAAUAUGAUGAAGUUCAAUGUAUGUACUUCUUUAAAGAUAUUUUGUACCUGAGGAGAGCAUCCUUACUAGCAAGGAUAACUAUAAGGGAUGGUUUGCAUGAAAUGUAGACUGAAAAAACUGACAUCUGAAGUUCAUAAUACAUCCUCUAUAAUAACUUGUUUAUGGUAUUCGGUUUCAUGCUUUUUUUUCUUUUAUUCAAAAAGUUGUUUAUGUUG